AUGUUCGUGAAGCUCCUGACCAUUGUCUUCAUCUUCCUCAACCUACUCUCUCAGUUCCCAAAAUCCUCUUCCCAACCUAUAGACUUCACUUACAAUGGCUUCCUUCCUCCUCUCACUGACAUAUCCCUCGAAGGAAUCGCCACCGUCACACCCAACGGUCUUUUGAAGCUAACCAACUACACCAUGCAGAAAACGGGUCACGCCUUCUACACCAAACCAAUCCGGUUCAAAGAUUUUCGAGACAGCACCGUUUCUUCCUUCUCCACAACUUUUGUCUUAGCUAUUCAUCCGGAGAUCCCGAGCCUUAGAGCCUACGGCAUGGCUUUCGUCAUCGCUCCCAACCCAAGGCUCCGUUACGCGACCGCAAGUCAAUACAUGGGUCUCUUCAACAUCACAAACGACGGUAAUGUCACUAAUCAUGUGUUCGCUAUAGAGUUUGACACGAUCUUGAGUCCAAAGUUCAAUGAUACCGAUGACAACCAUGUCGGAAUAGAUAUCAAUAGCUUGAUCUCCGUGGAGAGUUCGCCAGCUGGGUAUUGGGGCAUAAAAGGUCAGUUCAAGAAUAUGAAUUUGAUUAGUGGCAGACGGAUGCAGGUUUGGGUUGAUUAUGAUAGUCAUACCCAUCAAAUUGAUGUAACAAUGGCUCCCUACAAAAAGGACAAACCGAAAAAACCGCUUGUUUCUAUCGUCACAGAUCUGUCUUCUGUUCUUUUGCAAGACAUGUUCGUAGGUUUCUCGUCUGCGACCGGUACUAUUAUGUCCGAAAAUUAUGUUCUCGGGUGGAGUUUCGGGGUGAAGGGGAAUGCUCCGCCGUUGGACCUAUCAAAACUUCCCAAACUUCCGAAGUGGGAGCCCAAAAGAAUAUACAGCAUCUACAAGACUUGGAUGCCAUCAGUUUGCAUAUUUUUGAUUCCCUUCUUGUUCAUUUCCACGCUUAUCAUGCUCGUGCGCUUUGUCUUGAGGAGGAGGAGAAAGUUUAAGGAGGAGCUCGAAGAUUGGGAAACAAGGCUUGGGAAGAACCGAAUGAAGUUUAAGGAUUUGUACUGUGCCACCAAAGGGUUCAAUGAGAAGGACCUUCUCGGAUCUGGUGGAUUUGGAACCGGAAACAUCUUGGAUGCCACAGACCCAAAGCUAGGGACGAAUUAUGACCGAACAGAGGUCGAAAUGGUUUUGAAGCUAGGUUUGAUGUGCUCUCACUUCAACCCACAUGCUAGACCAACUAUGAGACAAGUGUUGCAUUAUCUCAGUGGAGAUGCAAUAUUACCAGAUUUGUCGCCUUUGGACUUGCGUAGGAACGAAAUGAUGUUGGAAAUCAACCAUGGACUUAGCGAGACAGGCAUGUUUACAUGUGGGUCUUCGAUGGUUAAUUCCAUUGUCUCCGCUUCCAGUGGGAGGUGA